AUGGAUAUACAGACAGAUCACAAAGCUGGUUUUAGAAGAGAACAAACAAACUCGAGCGAGAAAGCUGGAGGUUCACACGGGCCAUUAAGAGCUUCUGCUCAUAUCAGAGUAUCUGCUAGAUUCGAUUACCAGCCAGAUAUCUGUAAGGAUUACAAAGAAACUGGAUAUUGUGGAUAUGGAGAUUCUUGUAAGUUCUUGCAUGGCCGUGGGGAUUACAAACCAGGAUGGCUGAUAGAGAAAGAGUGGGACGAAGCAGAGAAAGUGAGGUAG